GCAGCUGCUGCGCGCCGUGGAUACACCGAUACUAUGGAUACCGAGCGUCUUUUUCUACGUUAAAACUUCACAAUGAGGGAUAAAAGUAAAGCGCGCUGUUGGGAGAGGGAAAGUUAACGCGUUAGCGGAGGAGUUUCGAUGAAGUUGAAUGGGAUUUGACAGGUUCACAAGCAUGGAGUUACCGAUGUUUUGGAUUUGGGUUUGUGUCCUGUUCAACGUGCAGCUUUCGGGAUGUUUGGAGAUACACCUUUCGGAUACUUUACAGCCUGGGACCCUGUUAGCAAACCUGUCGCUUGGACCUGGGUGGACGUCAAAACUUGACAGAACUUUAUCACCAAAAUUCAUCCAGAGCUUUUUCCAAGUUGGGAGACACGAUGGAGUCAUCCGUCUGUCCCACAAAGUUGAGUGUGCGCACACACCGAGGAACCCAGCGCCUGUUUAUUUCAGAACAGGUUCCUUGACAUCUGGGGACGUUAUUCUGACACAGUUUAAUGUGUUCGUCCACGGCCAGGACUGUUUUAUUAAAUACAAGAGAAAGAAAGCGUCAGGUAAGCCAGACAUUCACAUUAAACACCUUUCAAAACUGGAGGCAACUUCCUGCUUGUCCGCAGGUAAAUUGCUAUUGAAUGUAACAGAACUUUUGCCUGCUUUUACGCGCAACACCGCCUUUUUGGACACAUUGUGUGUUGGCAAAGACUUGAGUGCAGUGUUCAGACGAGGGGAUUUGUUCCUGGCCAGUGACUUAUGUAUUGAACACAGAGGACAGCCGGAGUUGAGUUUGCACUGCGCACUGCAGAGCUCUCCAGGCGGCAGGCUCUCUGUGCAGCUGAGUUUGACGCUUGUAAAAGUGCCCAAGCAACAUGGAUCCCUCUCAGAAACCGUCCAGAGAAAGUCCGGCACGUUGAUCCGCAGGGGUAAGCGACAGGCUAACGCGCCUCCCAAGUUCCAGCUCCCCAACUAUCAGGUGUCAUUGCCCGAGAAUGAGCCUGCGGGCACGCGGGUGAUCACCCUGAAAGCCACUGACCCGGAUGAUGGAGAGGCAGGCAGGCUGGAGUACAGCAUGGAAGCCUUGUUUGACAGCAGGUCCAAUGACUUUUUAGAAAUUGACUCUCAGACAGGGAGCAUAACAACUGUACAGUCACUAGACAGAGAAGUGAAAGACACCCAUGUUUUCAAAGUCAUUGUAACUGAUUAUGGCUCUCCCCAAAGAUCUGCCACUUCUUACCUCACUGUCACUGUGAGUGACACUAAUGACCACAGCCCAAUUUUUGAGCAAACUGAAUACCGUGUUAGCAUCCGGGAGAAUGUAGAAGUAGGGUUUGAAGUGAUAACAAUCCGCGCCACUGAUGGGGAUGCUCCAUCCAACGCUAACAUGAUUUAUAAAAUUGUCAACGGUGAUGGAGUUAAUUCUGUAUUUGAAAUCGACCCCCGCAACGGCGUGGUGAAGAUCAAAGAGCGGCCUGAUAGGGAGACCCGGGCCCAGUACCAGCUGAUUGUUGAGGCCAACGACCAGGGCAAAGAAAAAGGCCCCCGCAGUGCCACUGCUACUGUCAAAAUCACUGUGGAGGAUGAGAAUGACAACUACCCACAGUUCACUGAAAAGAGAUAUGUUGUACAGAUCCCAGAGAAUGUGGCAGUCAACACCAACAUCAUCAAGGUUGAAGCUACAGACAAAGAUGAAGGCAACAAUGCCAAAGUUCAAUACAGCAUAAUCAGUGGCAAUGUUAGGGGACAGUUCUACAUUCACUCCCCCACAGGUGUAAUUGAUAUCAUCAAUCCUCUGGACUAUGAGAUUAUUCGAGAGUAUAAUUUGCGGAUUAAGGCACAGGAUGGUGGCAGGCCUCCUUUGAUAAAUGGCACAGGGAUGGUGGUGGUUCAAGUGGUGGACGUGAACGACAAUGUCCCCAUGUUCGUCAGCACACCUUUCCAGGCUACUGUGUUGGAAAAUGUGGCCAUUGGAUACUCUGUGAUCCACAUCCAAGCAAUUGAUGGUGACGCUGGAGAAAAUGCCCGUUUGGAAUACCGGUUAACGGACACCACGCCUGGUUUUCCGUUCACAAUCAACAACAGCACCGGCUGGAUUACAGUGAGUGAAGAACUUGACAGGGAGACCACUGACUUUUACACCUUUGGCGUAGAGGCAAGAGAUCAUGGGUUACCUGUUAUGUCUUCAUCAGCCAGCGUCAGCAUCACAGUGCUCGAUGUGAAUGACAACAUACCCACAUUUACAGAGAAGGUGUACUCAUUAAAGAUUAAUGAAGAUGCUGUUGUUGGGACCAGUGUACUAACAGUGACGGCUGUAGAUAGGGAUGUCAAUAGUGUGGUUACCUAUCAGAUCUCCAGUGGCAACACCAGGAACCGCUUUGCCAUCACAAGCCAGAGUGGUGGCGGUCUCAUCACUUUAGCCCUCCCCUUGGACUACAAGCAGGAACGCCAGUAUGUCCUGACAGUCACUGCCAGCGAUGGGACACAGUACGACACCGCUCAAGUGUUCCUCAAUGUGACGGACGCCAACACACACCGUCCCGUCUUCCAAAGUGCCAACUACCAGGUGAUGCUCAGUGAAGAAAAACCUGUGGGCUCUACUGUGGUAGUGAUCAGUGCGACGGAUGAGGACACAGGAGAAAAUGCUCGCAUCACGUACGUGAUGGAGGAUAAUGUUCCUCAGUUUAAAAUUGACCCGGAUACAGGGGCCAUCACAACACAAAUGGAGCUUGAUUAUGAAGACCAGGCCUCCUACACGUUAGCAAUCAUUGCCAGAGACAAUGGCAUCCCCCAGAAAUCUGAUACCACCUAUGUGGAGAUUAUCAUCGCCGAUGCCAAUGAUAAUACUCCUCAGUUUCUAAGGGACAGAUAUCAGGGGACUGUAUUAGAAGAUGCACCUGUCCGCACCAGCGUUCUCCAGAUUUCUGCUUCAGAUAGAGAUUCUGGCCCAAAUGGCAGAUUGAGCUAUACAUUUCAGGAUGGCGAUGACGGAGAUGGGGAUUUCUUCAUAGAAUCUUCCUCUGGUAUCAUCAGAACUUCUCGCAAACUGGACCGAGAGAAUGUUCCUGUUUACAAUCUGAAGGCCUAUGCUGUAGACAGGGGGGUUCCACAGCUAAAAGCAGCUGUUCCUAUUCAUGUGGUUGUCCAAGACAUUAAUGACAAUGCUCCAGUGUUUGAAAAGGAUGAGCUGUUUAUUGACGUGGAGGAGAACAGCCCGGUGGGCUCCGUUGUGGCCCGGAUCUCUGCCACCGACCCUGACGAGGGCACAAAUGCUCAGAUCAUGUACCAGAUUGUAGAAGGGAAUAAUCCAGAGGUUUUCCAGCUAGACAUUUUUAACGGUGACCUCACCGCACUCAUAGACCUGGAUUAUGAGACUAAAACGGAGUAUGUCAUCGUGGUCCAGGCCACCUCAGCACCACUAGUGAGUCGGGCCACUGUGCACAUCCGCCUUAAAGACAUGAAUGACAAUGAGCCAGUGCUGCAUAACUUUGAGAUUAUUUUCAACAACUACAUCACCAACAAAUCUAACAGUUUUCCAUCAGGAAUAAUAGGAAAGGUUCCAGCACAUGACCCGGAUGUAUCGGAUAAACUGCGGUAUAAGUUUGAAUCUGGGAACGAGCUCAAUCUGCUGCUGCUGAACGCCGACACUGGGGAUCUGAGGUUGAGCCGAGACCUGGACAAUGACAGGACCCUGGAAGCCCCAAUGACCAUCUCCGUGUCAGGCAAACUGCCCUUCGAGCUAUGUCAGCGCUACGUGGAGGGGAUUGUCCUUAUAAACGAUGAGGAGAUCAAGGCGGCGGUCUCCACCCUGUACAGCUCCGGCCUCGUGGUGGAGGCGUCGGGCUGCGCUGCGUUCGCUGCCAUCGUUAACAACAAGAUACCCGGGCUGGAGGGGAAGAACGUGGUGUGCAUCCUCAGCGGAGGGAACAUCGGGAAAGACGAGCUCGCCAACUUCCCAGGAUGA